AAAAAAACAAUCAAAACGGACAGAGGUGAACGGCAAGCCACCAGCAGCAACGCCAACUUACCGGAAGUCAUUACAGUGUAACUGCAAUAAGUUCUCAUCGUAUUGGACUGUAAUUUAGUUCAGAAAGCCUUAUUUGUUUGUAAAACUUUUAAAACCCAAGUUUAGAAUAGUUGUCAUUUAUUUUUGUUAGUCUCAAUAUUUAUUUUUUUCCUUUUUCUACCUCCAUAGAAAGUGCCUCAGUACACAUUGAUCAUCCAAGCAACAGACAUGGAGGGCACCCCCAUGGAUGGUCUCUCCAGCACAGCCACAGCCGUCAUCAUAGUUACAGCCAUUGAUGACAAUCCACCGGAGUUUACUGCUGAGAUGGAACAUGCUGUCCCUCCAGUCAUGUCCAAGAAUUUAGAGGAAAUAGUGUUUCCUAUGCAAAACACGGACAGCCAACUAAAACGCAUGAAAAGAGACUGGGUCAUCCCUCCAAUCAAUGUCCCUGAGAACUCGCGGGGCCCAUUCCCACAAGAGCUAGUCCGGAUCAGAUCAGAUCAUGAUAAAAACCGGUCUCUAAGAUACAGUGUGACGGGCCCGGGUGCUGACCAGCCUCCAAAUGCAAUCUUCACUAUUGACCCCAUUUCUGGAGAGCUCACGGUUAACAAGCCCCUCGAUCGAGAGCACAUCUCCAACUUCCAUUUAAGAGCUCAUGCAGUGGACUUGAACGGCAACCAGGUUGAAAACCCUAUUGAUAUUGUGAUCAAUGUGAUCGACAUGAAUGACAACAGACCUGAGUUCACUCAUCAGAUCUGGAAUGGCACUGUUCCAGAAGGUUCCAAGCCAGGGACAUUUGUCAUGACUGUAACAUCUCUAGACAAAGAUGAUCCCAAAACAGCAAAUGGUAUGCUUCGUUACAAGAUUUUGUCUCAGACUCCAGAGAGCCCGACCUCCAAUAUGUUCACCAUCAACCAUGAAACUGGAGACAUCAUUACAGUAGCAGCAGGCUUGGACAGAGAGUUCGAGAAAUACGCCAAUAUUCAGACUGCUUGA